AAGUAUAUAUCUCGAACCAUUGACGAAGAUAAUUAAACGUCGUAAAUGGAAACGUUAGUUUCAAUUUCUCCAAUAUCGUUUCGUAACGAUAUCGUCGAUCUAUAUAAAUUCGAAAAUCGAUGGAUCCAGCCAGCCUGUUCCUGAUCAAAAGGUGAGAGAAAUUUUCGAGGAGGCGCGAGCAGAAAAUAAACGUGGAGGGCCCCACCCCCGUAGAACUUUCUGUGGCGGUCCAUUUUUGGGCUCCCCACCUUGGGAGCUUCGCUUCGAUUACCGCGUCCUCGCCGAGGAAGAAGCUUUUCGAAGCACCCUCGGGACACUCGACUCGCGCCACUCUACUCGCUCGGGUUAGCGAACUCGAUAGUUUCUUGAAGGAAGCCGGCAGAAGCAAAAAGCCGCCAGCAUGGACGCGAUCAAGAAGAAGAUGCAAGCGAUGAAGCUUGAGAAGGAUAACGCGAUGGAUAAAGCGGAUGCCUGCGAGGCGCAGGCGAAGGAGGCGAAUAUGCGCGCGGACAAGGUCAACGAGGAAGUCGGCGAAUUGCAGAAGAAGCUCGCCCAGGUGGAAGGCGAUCUCGAAGCGAACAAACAAAAUUUGGAACAGGCGAACAAGGAUCUCGAGGAGAAGGAGAAAGCUCUGACCAACGCCGAGUCCGAGGUCGCCGCUCUCAACCGAAAAGUCCAACUGAUCGAGGAGGAUCUGGAAAGAUCCGAGGAACGAUUGAACACCGCCACUGCCAAAUUGGCCGAAGCUUCUCAGGCCGCUGAUGAAUCCAGCCGUAUGUGCAAAGUAUUGGAAAAUCGUGCACAGCAGGAUGAAGAGAGGAUGGAUCAGCUGACCAAUCAAUUAAAAGAGGCACGUCUGCUUGCCGAGGACGCUGAUGGAAAAUCGGACGAGGUAUCGCGAAAGCUGGCCUUCGUUGAAGAUGAGUUGGAAGUCGCUGAAGAUCGAGUCAAGUCUGGUGAAGCCAAGAUCAUGGAACUGGAAGAGGAAUUGAAAGUCGUCGGUAACAGCUUGAAAUCUCUGGAAGUAUCCGAAGAGAAGGCCAAUCAAAGAGUCGAGGAAUUUAAACGUCAGCUCAAGACAUUGACGGUGAAACUAAAGGAGGCCGAAGCCCGCGCUGAAUUUGCUGAGAAAACUGUCAAGAAACUCCAGAAGGAGGUCGAUAGGCUCGAAGACGUAUUGCACCAGCAGAAGGAGAAACGCAAAACGAUUUGCGAAGAAUUGGACAAGACAUUCUCUGAGCUUUCUGGCUACUAAAAAAAAAA